GGAGGAAGGUACAAACGCCGACAGAGUUGCAGAGCACCGCCGAGAUCUCGCCGGUUCUAGCCUGCGAAAUUUGACAAGUGCUCAAUCAAUUAUGGCUUCCCCGAGUCCAGUAUUCGACAGAAAACGAUCAGCGGCACAUGACGGAGCUGCAAACAGCUCCGCCGUGAGACGGCGUCUUGCCCCUGGUCUUCUCCCCUUGUCCCCAUGCAAACCGGCCACUCCUUUACAAGAAUCGAACAUCCCCUGGCGCCAAAGGAAUCCUUUGUACAGUCACUCUGCUGCUGCCCCUACAGCUGCGUCUCAUCUCAAGGCGCCCUCUCCAAUUGCCAGUCGCCGUGAAACGCUCCCAUUGAGGGGCGGUGUGCGGUUGCUGAACGAGAAACCGACAUCCGCAGCAGCACGUACAAGAAGGGAGUCUGAUUGUGUUGCUGCUGUAGCGAACGUGGAUGAUGUCAAGGAGAACUCUGUUCCCCUUGCUUUGGGGGAGCAGAGGAAUGGUGGGGAAAAUCCCCCACCCUCAGCAGUAGCAAUGGUGGUCCGUCCAUGUAAGGAGGUGCGCACGGCUUCUUCGAGUGACUCGCUCGGACGCCAGGAUUCAUUAAUACUGACUUGUUCUUCCCCUUCCCAGUUGCGUGUGGCAAGCUGCACGAGCAGGAGUACGACGACCUCUGCGUUGUUGUCCCCUCCUCCUCACGCUCGCUCUGCAACACCUGUCAAGAGUCUCUUCUCACCCCCUCGGGGCCGACCUUCCAUCUCGAAGGCGGGAGGAUUUCAGUCUCCACCACGUUGGGUAUCAACAGGCAAGAGCCAGAGCGGCUCCUUACAGCAGCAGAGGCUGCAGACGACCACAACAAGGUGUCCGUCUCCCACUGUGACUUCUGAUGCCAGGAAGCAAUCCAGGACUCCACAGCCAAGGAGCAGUCUUUCUGGGCCCGGCCAUGUCCCGGCAUCUUUCCUCUCAAAGCCCUCAGAAGUGCUGAUAACAAGGUCAACGGUUGCUGACACUGAUCUGAGAAGAUCUGCCUCCGGAGCCUGUGCUGCUCUGAGUUCCCAGGCUGCAACUGAACCGGCUGCUGUGGCCGCUGCUGCUGCUUCUGUUCCAACUACUGUUCCAACUACUGUUCCAACUACUGUUGCAAGUGGGCAGGUUUCUGGAUCUAGUUCUUGUCAAGAAAAAGUGGUGGUGGCUGUCGACUUGAGAGACUCUGUGUGCUCUCUUGCUGCAGAAGCUGCAGAGAAGGUUGAAAAUGAGACAUGCAGCUCGAUCGAACCUGUGGUGAUGGAUGGUGAAAGUAACAAGAUGGAUGACGACGAGGGUGAGGAUGGGAAACCAGUUGCUGGAGUUGACUGUGAGUGCUCACCGGUCGUGUCUGCAAUCCAGGUGCCCAGUGCUAGUCGAAGUCAGAGCACGCCAGAUCUCUUGUUAGAUAAGGUUAUUAAUGCUGCAGUGCAAGAUAUCGCAGCGAAGAAUGAGGACAUCAGCAACUGGCUGAUGUCGGAGGAUGGAGGCGAAGAGAGUUACGAGGCGGCAUUGGAGAAAGAAGAAGGGCUAGUGGUGGAAGAGAGAGCCCAGAGCGGUGUGGUGGAUGAUGACGUAGAUGCUCCUCAGCCUAUCAAUGCUCCUCAGCCUAUCAGUGGACAGACGGAUGACCAUCCUACUGAGUGCUUUGUUGGGGAUGGGGCGGAGCAGUCAGAGAAUGUGGGGGAAGAGGAUUGCCAGGCGUUAGCGAAGGAGACGAGAGCAGGAGCGAAGGAGGGAGCUACACUGCUUGGGGAUGAUGCUGUGUUCCAUGGUGGGGAUGCUGCUGCUAUUCGUGUCAGUGAAUGCACUGAUGACCAUUGUUUCGAGGUCUUUGUCGGGGAAGGAGCGAAGGAUGCUUCCUUCUCCCAGGAUUCGGGGGAUGAUGAUGAUGAUGAUGCGCUUUCGAGCACGCAAUCGUCAGUGGGGGAGACUUGUAGCGACCCUCUGGUAGACUCGCGGGUGCAUGAAGAGGAAGGGGAAUGUACGAGUCUCGAGCAGGAAGAGAAGGUGGAGAAGGUGGUUCUGGAAACAGAGGGGCAGGGCGAGGUGAUGGUGGAUGAUGCUGAAGAUUGCCUCAGCGAAGCGGAAGAAGAUUGUUCUGAGAGUGAGCUGAGUCCUCGACAUUCUUUGGCAGCAGCUGUUCAAAUUGGACGAUGUCAAGGGACCCAACAACUGCAUGAACAGUCCUCCCGCCAUUCCAGUAUGGCUAAGAAGCUCAGGAGUAUAAUAGCUCGUGCUACUAGUGUCCUUGGUCUCACUGCGAUCAUUGUUCUCACUCUGCUGACCAGCAUGUUAGUCGAGGACAGAGGCCCACUCCAUGACCCCUCUUUGCCCGUCGUCGUUCCAGAGCCUCUUGGGACGACUGGAUUCGAUAUGAAAUCGGAUAUAGGUGGUGGUGGUGGUCGUCGUAAAGGUGGUAUUUUUGGAGAUGUGGAUGGCUAUUGGCAGUCUGAACUGCUGCCAAAGGCUUUCCGCUUGGAUCGGGACGCUGAACAUUGUCCUCUUGCGAUGCCAUCUUCUGUUGGUGAUGUGGCAGCAACAAGCGAGACGAAUGGACGCCGUAGUAUGUUUCCUAAGGUUGGCAGUUCUGUUGUUGUGACCUCAUUGAAUACCAUCAACAACCGUUGGCAGCUGAGGCAGGCGGUGGUGGAAUCUCCAGAUUCUGUUAGAGACUACUUCCGGGAAGGUGCCACUUGUCCAAUGCGGACUGGUUCCCGGGGGAGAACUCUUAUUGAUGCGAAAGACAAAGAGUCCAGUUGGAAAGGCACUGUAGGUGUUAAGCAGCCUGUGGAGUCUGCUAGGUACGGCGGCGGCACAUCCCAAGAGACGGAAAACACAAUCAUGAAGUCAUUGCCAGAAGGCUGUCAGGAGCUGACACAAUCUGACAGCAGUGGACUUGGUAGUGGGGUGAUUGACGCUGAGGUCAGUGACAGUAGCCUGGUGAUUGAUGCGGAUUCGGGUGCUCAAGUUCACGAUGAAGUCAGUCACACUGCAGCGGUUGUGACGCCUUCUGCGCCAGAGGACGUAGCUCUGCGAGAUGAAACGCCUAUAACAUCAUUUAUGACUUCUCGGAAUGGUGAGCACAUGGGUGCAGAAGGUGAAUCGUUGUCUUCUCAUGAAGCAGCGCAAACAAGCCUCCUGGUUUAUCCCUUCGUCCAUGACCCCCCGAUUGCCUCUGAUAACGAGCAUAUGCGUGCAGAAGGGGAGUCUCGGUCUUCUCGUAUCCUCCCACAUUGGUCUGUUGAUGGUAUCGCUGGUCGCGAUGAAAUCGGUCUCAAUGGUGCCUCUGGGGAUUUGCCUCCUGAAAGGGACUCCUUGGCUGUUGAAUGUGGCACUCCGGACGUGCUUGAUCAUGGCGAUGUCUCUUCGGAUAUAUGGGGGGAUGCUGCACAAGAACAGAAAGAUUUGGAUGUCUUGCACCUGGAGGAACGAGUUGUUGCUUCUGUGGAGGGGUGGUGGGAUGUGGAGAGCAGAACGCCUCCUCUGCAUAAUGAAGCUUGGCCCGUUGCAACGACUGAGGGAUUUCCGUUGACUGAUGACAAUGGCGGUGAUGUUCGUAAUCAAGUGCAGAGCCCUGCUGUAUCUGUUUCUCCUGAUCCUGGUGCUCUUGAAGCCGAUUUUGAUGCACUGCCAGAGAUUGAUUCGGGCAGUGGAGGUGGUCAUCAAGCUGAUUAUUUGUAUGACGGUGCUGGAUUGCAAGUGAGGUUACUUCCUUCGAUGGACCACGAUAGUAUGGGUGAUGAGCUGGAGAGGGGUUCUCCUAUAGAAGCUGUUCCGACGACUCUUGAGAUGGAGCUGGGUUUGGGGGAGGAUCUUGAUCUGCAACGAGAGAUGUCUGCCGAUGGGAUGCCAGGCUUGAUGAUUACAAGGCACGAAGCGGAAUUGGGAAGUGCAAUGGAAGAACAUGCAAGGCCUGAUAAUGCAGUCAACCUCAGCGAUGAUGAGGUAGACAACGACAGCACGGAUGAAGGGGUUGUUGUCUAUGGGUGCGAUUCCCCGGAUAGUGGUGAGGACACCACUGAGAUUGUUGGCAGUGGUGCGCGUUGGGCUACAAGUGAACGAUCUGUGGGCUUGAUGUGGUUGGCGGAGGAAAGCGAAUUUGUCAGCAAGUUGGGUAUCGCUGAUCUUGAGAAGUUUGGAUGGAUGGUUGAUACUGUGGAGUUUGUUGAGAAUGAUUAUUAUUUGGUAAGUGGAACCGAGACAUUGGGAGAAAGGGAUCCUGCAGGUCACUGGAUGGAGACCUUCGUCGGAGAGGCCGGAGAGGGGGUCCUUGGCGAUGAAAGGGAAGUUGAAGAAGCGCAGAAGGUGGCGGAGGACCGUCCAUGGGUUUCGCUUUUGUCGUCGCUGAUAACCAUCACAUCGUCGAUUGUAUUUUCUGCAUGGUCGACUCUAAUCAGAAGGGGAAGGGUGAGUGCUCCCCACAUUGGCAAGAGAGAACGGAAGCAUGCAGUCAAGCUGACCAAUGAGGAGCGGCAGGGCGAUGGAAGUACGGCGAGCUCACUCCAACUUGGUGAGAGAGAGCGGAAGCACGCAAUGAAUUUUGCCUAUGAGGUGAACGGCAAUGCACGUAACGACGUCCCCUCAACGCCUAGACGAGGAACGGUCUCUCACCACCAGGCGCCCUUGUCGCCAACCGUAUCGUGGGUUGUGGCCAGUGGUGGCAACCAUCACCACAAUGCGGACUCGGCAGUGAAAUCAAAACCGUUUAUUCCAGUCGGGAAUGAUGUCGUCGUUCCAAGCUCCAUGGAUGAUGCACAAAGGGUCUAUGGCAGAUUUACAGCUUACAAACCAAUUGCCUUCAAGGAGGGGUCACCCGUGGUUCUAACACCCGUGCAGCGAUCGCGGAGACUCAACCGGAUGACCGAUCAGCCUGCCAGCAGCAGACAUGACUCGAUGACUUCGUCCUACAGGAAUCCAACUCCCAGCCCAGCAAAGCGGUUUGCCAUCUCCCCUCUCUGAUGCACUCUCUCUCGUGGGCGGUUAAUGGCAUGUCAAUAAUAGUGUGGGAAAAGGAACCAACCGAUC